AGCAAAUCAUUAUGUAUUCUGCUCUCAGCACCUACUUAUGUCUGCUCUUCCUUUCAACAAUAUUCAGUGAGACGUCAUCUCAGCUACUACCACCAAUUGCUGGUAAAAAUGGAUUGACUUCUAGAUCACACAAGACGUUCGAAAAUGGAGUAGUCAGUUGUGGAAAUACCUUCUGCGAUGCAAAGAGAUGUUUGAAGAAAGCCGAGAAAUAUGAGUGUACCGAUGAUGAAUGAACUGAAUGUUUUUCUUUACACAUUAAUAAACGAGUGCCUUUUUUAUUACUCAAAUAUGUCAACAAACGUGUGGCCGAUUGCAGAAUCUGGACCAAUAAAGAGGCG